AUGGACCAUAAGAUUCUCCAUUUCCAUAACAAUACCCUGCUUGCAACGCUGAGAGCAGACACCAGUUCUGGUCAUACCAUUCCAAAUAGACGUGCUGGAGCUGAGUCUCCUAGUCCUAUUUCUUGUACCACUCCACUACUAGCUCACAAUCUUCCUCCGAAAGAUGUUCACAAACACGUUCUUGUCGAGGUUGUUGAUGAAGAUGGGCUGGUUCCUCAUGAACCCAUCCCUCUCAUUGACCUCAACCUCCCUAUUCUUGUUGGUGACAAUGACAAAGUUGAGCAAGUUCCUGUUCUGUUCCUGCUCCCAUACAACCUCUCACUCCAUCCACCUCCCUUCGAACCAAGGUUCGAGAACCCAACCAGUUUGACAGGGUUGAUCCCCACAAGCUCCACACCUGCUUCCUCCAGUGUGAACUGA